UUUAUUUGCCCUCGGCACUUCUACGCUUUUAAAAUGUACAAAAUCGAAAUUGCUAUUUUUUUCGCCUUCAUCGCCUGCAAUCUGUACAGUACGGCUAGAUCCCAGGAUUAUGCUUACUGGCCCACUCGUCCGCAGCCCAUUCCGCAGACAUUGAUUCCCCAAGCUGGAAAUCUUCAUGGAAGCCUCUUGGAGACCCUUCUUCUUAUCCAAAUUCUGGAGAAGCUGAAUAAAAUUGAAGAAAGUUGUAGGCCAAGUGUGAAAUUUGCUCAACAAGAUGAACCAUGUGUGCUUACCGAUGCCCCUAAUCAAUGUGGAGCUUUCUGCCUCGCCGCUCAAAGGCCGUUCAUAGAUAGCAAUCAAGAUUUUCAGAAGCGGCUGCAAACACUUGCUGAAAAAUUAAAUGAGAGGCUGGGCAGAAUUGAAGAAGGAAAUGCAGAACUAAAGAACCUGGUACAAAUUCAAAAGAAAACUCUGAAAAAUUUGCAAAAAAUUCAAAAAGAAAUGUUAGCCACAUUGGGCUCUAAAGAAAAAGGAAAGGUAACGAAAUUAGAGACCGAUGAUGAUGAUUAUGAGUACUUUGAGGAUUAGAGCUAAAAGACCUCUCUCUUUAGCAUUCCGUUUUAAGUUAACCCAAAAGAAAACUUAUUGGCGUUUGCCUUUUAUCGAAAUGUAUACUUUAAAAUGAAUUUGCCUUCUUAAAUAUAAGGCAGUCUAUUAUUGAAAACAGAUUUUGUGGCUAACUUAUUCGUUGUUAAAUAAUCUAUUGGUGUUCAAAGACUUCUGUAAUGCAUAUUGAAUUUUUUGUAGUUUUCCUUGUUAAAUAAAAGGCCACAUAUUUAAA